AUGCAGGCCGAUAAUGUGGAAGUCGUUGAAGUGACAAAGGGUUUCCUGUCCCUGGUAGCCAAAGAAAAUAUCCUGGCAGGAUCGUUUCUAGCUGAUGUCUGGGGACCAGUGGUGAGUCAGGCCACACCCUACACUAUUCAAGUGGAUGUCAAUAAACACGUGGAUCCUGUUGGCCCGUUAAAACGCACUAACCAUUCCUGCAAUCCAAAUGCCAAGUUCGUUUAUGAACCACGCCUGAAGGAGGAUGAAAUCAUGGGCUUCGAUAAAGACCACAAAAUCUUUUGGCAUCUGGUGGCCACACGUGACAUCAAGAAAGGAGAGGACAUAACUUUUGAUUACACGACUACUGAGUAUGAGAUGGCGGGGGUUUUCAACUGUCUCUGCGGAAUGGAAAAUUGUUUGGGUGAAGUUAAAGGCUUCAAGUUCUUAUCAGCAGAGGAGAAGGUCCAAAGGGAAAAAGAAUUAUCUCCAGUGAUGAGAAAACUUUUAAAUAGUCUUAUUUGAGCAGUGCUAGACAGUCUUUUGUAAGCAUUGAACACGAUAACGCGUUGAAAAAAAAAAUGAAAAGAAAUUCAGUGGAGAAUAGGUAAAAGCUUUUGGUGUAGUGAUUUCUUGAAUCGUUUAGGUGGACAAACGUUAGUUAUGAUUGGUCCCUGGUAUCCAAGGCAACCAUUUACCAAACAUGAGUAAGGCUUCACCACCAAAGCGAUCUUAGAGAUCAUUUCGCCGAAAGCUUGUUCCCAUCUCCCUUAUAGUAACUAAAGUGGGCAAUAUAUGCUUGAUGUAGGUUCCUGUGGUGACGUCAUCAGAUCCAUUUCCUUAAAUCGCGGCCAACCUGGCAGGUUGUGUUUGAAGGGGAGAAUUUAAAACUUAUUUUCCGAGUGAAAAGUUUCGACCACACGUUUAGUUUGGCUAAACUUGAUAGUUACAACUGAGACUGCUUCAAAGUAGAACUUACCACUAUUGUCACUAUUAAAUUAAAGGCACUAAAAUUACAGUUUAAUUAACGCCUGUCCUUGUCAGUAUUUAAGGGAAAAAGGGUUGUCAAACUAAAGGGACUCGAACGCGGUUUAACGAUUGAAUAUCUUAGAUGGAGUUGCCGGGAUCUCCUCGUUCUCGAAGGCCACGAUCCGGCGACGCCAAUGAAAACUUCGCUAAAAAAUAGACUUCGCUUCCUUUUUAAACUUAUUCGCCUUUAUACCAAGUCACCCAGUUACCUGAAAGUAGGGAUGUUAGGUCGGAACUCAAGAGAGUCGACCGCUUUUGAGUUUAGCCUGAGAGAGAUGGUAAAAUAUUUCGCCUUGCCGUUCCACAUCGUAGUUGUGCAGGGACUGCAAAGAAAUUUGUAAAAAAAGCGUGAUGCACAUGCAGCGUUGUUGCUUUGCUAAUAAAACCAAUAGACCUUUUUACCGACCAUCGGCCAUAUUGAAUUUAUUAGAUUUAAGGAGUAUUAUGGGAUGUCCAGGGGGCACUCGCUCAGUAUUUAUGCGCCCUUUUCGGGCAAAAAGAGAACUUCAAUGCAUAUUUCUCGGGAAAAAUGCGAUUAUUUAAUAUUACUUCCAAACACGGCACAUCGAUCUUUUUUUCCCAUUAGAAUCUUUUUGUAGGAAAUCUAAAAGAAAAAUUGGCCCGAAAAGCGCGCGUAAAUACUGAGCGAGUAUAUCGGAUCGUGCUCAUGCAACCGGCUCCUAGCAUCCCAUAAUACUCCUUAAAUCUAAUUAAUUCAAUAUGGCCGCCGUAUCGGUAAGAAGGUCUAUUGUGUUUUGGACGUUCUCGUUCAGCCCUAUUCAGGGGAAGUGGGCACUUUUUCUGGGUCUCAAAACCCGGACUUCUGCUGGGUCCCAAAACCCAGAUUUAACCUCCAUCCUGUAGCCCUAUACGUGGAGGCUCCGCCCGAAAGAGGUACCUUUUUCAGGCUUCAGGUACAUCAAAGGGUAAGGAUUUCACUAAAUGAAGUAUAUGAAAGCGUAGGGAAAUCUGUCAUACAGGCGUAUAUACAGGCCAAAAGAGCUUACAUAUGCAUUUCAUGGCCGGGAAAAAGUCGAGAAAACGUCCUGGCUUAUAUUUAUUCAUCCAUUUAAGUAAUGUAGGUAAGCAUUCAUGGUUUACUACUGUAAGGCAUCUAUUACACUUUACUAAAUUAAGUGAUUACACUCCAAAUCUGCCCCAUCUUGACUACAGGAGAAUUCCUCACCUGGUUAAAAUGUUUAAAAGAAAUUUGUUAAAACAAUACCAGGAAUAUUGGUCGAAAAAUUUGAACAAGGAUAAAUUCGACUCCUCAGUUGGAAAUAAAUUAAGUCUGUAUAGUGAACUGAAAACGAAGUCAGAUUUGAAUCUUACCUUGAUUUAAUAAAGAACGUUAAGACAAGAGUGGCAGUAGCCAAAAUGCGGAUUUCGUGCCACUUGCUACUCGUUGAAUCUGGGCUCUACAAGAAGAUACCCAGAGUUGAGAGGCUUUGCCCCCUUUGUAAUAGCCUGUUCCAGGCGUUCAGAUAGUGGGGAGCGAUACGAAGUAAAAAGGAGCGCGAAAAAAAAAAGUCCCCCUCUACUUUUCAUCGCUUUCUUUACUUCGCACCGCUCUCCGCUAUCUGAACGCUUGGGACAGGCUACCUUUGUAAUAGAUCCCUUGGUGAUGAAUUCCACUAUUUGUUGAAAUGUACUCACUCAUCACUUUCUCAUAUAAGGGGUAUCUUCUUGGAGAGCCUAUACCCGACAAACAGUAAUUUUACCAAUAUGUCUUACAAGGCACUAUUGUUAUAUAUCAUGUCUAUGUGCGAUGAAAACAUCAUAAAUCUUAGUGCCUCUUAUAUUGAAUAUAUUCUAAAUUGUCAUAAAUCCGAACUCUAAUUUAACUUUCUUACCGUACGAGUAGCGUAGAAGCCGUACAAAGCCAAGUAAUUUUUCUUUGUAUGUCAGUAUUCAAUAUAUUGUUGUUGUUCCUUUCUUUCUUAUGUAACUUUUAUUUUACUUUGUUUCAUUUGUAAUUAUAUUGAUUGUUUUGGUACUGAAGUCGUCAUGUCGAAGAUAAAGUCAAUAAAGUUGUUGUUAUUUAAAGGACAGCGCAUUUGCAGCAGUUAAAGGGAUGCAAAGUUCUAAACUUUUCAUGUGAAAGGGGUACCAUUUGUCCAUAGAAGGUAUACUAAAGGGGUACCUUUCCUGUCAAAAGUGGUGUAUAAAAGGGUAAGGGGUUGGACCUCCGGACGGAGCUAGACUACGAGUAGUCCCCCAUUUUUCCUCAGGGAUAGUAGACCGUGCGAAACGCGAGCGCGCGUGAAAAUCACCCCACGCGAGAAAAGGCGGGGAGAGAGAAAAUUUUUUCUCUCUCCCCGCCUGUCACCUUUUCUCGCGUGGGGUGAUUUUCACGCGCGCUCACGUUUCGCUCGCUCUACUAUCCCUGAGGAAAAAUGGGGGACUACUCGUAGUCUAGGACGGAGCCGCUCCUCAUAAAACUCUGCUUAGUACCCCCGGCUGGGGAUCCCCGCCCUCACUGCGUGCAGCCGGACGUGCCACUCAAACUCUUGACUUUUCCAGGAGACUGUCCGGCCACGGCACAGGCUUGUCAAGUCCUUAAAAUUUGUAGUGCCUCGGGGAUUUUAUGGUAAAUGACUGAUGACAGCUUUGUCUGAUGGGUGUCAUCUUCGCUGUCAUGCAAUGGCCCACCAGCUGGUGGUCCACUAGCCUUCUGCUUCUACUUCUAAGUUGCACACAGUUAAACGGUCUCGCAUCGAAAAGAAGACAACUGAAAACAAAACGAAGAAAAAAGAACUAUAAGAUAAAGUUAAAAAUUAUACCAAAGGCAUUUGCAACAGUCUGAAUGACUUUCUUCUCUUGUCGUAGAGGAGAUUAGAUUCCCGGGGGGGGGGGGGGGGGUUCUUCAUAAUUUACCUAUCGGGGGUUUGGGCCCCCCAAGGGGGGCGGGUUUUUAAUCCUCGGGUUUUAGAGGGGGGUACCUUUUCAAGGGGGUUUUCCACAAGAGGGUCAAAUUUUUCAANCUCCUGGUUUAGAACGGGGUAUCCAUUUCAGAGGCGUUUUCAAGAACGGGGUAUAAUAUUUCGAACGCACGAAAGCUCUCCCCUUUUUUAAGCAGCCAUUUGAAAGCAUUCAAGGAACGAUUGCUUUUAAAAAUACGGUUCAGUUCGUUAACAAAAACCGUUGUACUCUUGUUGCACCCUAGAACGGAGUAUAAAAAAUUGGCCCAUUUCUAGAACGGUGUGUUAGUUUUAGGGCGAAUUCUAGAACGGGGUAUAAAAAAUUGGCCUAUUUCUAGAACGGGGUAUCAAUUUUAGGGGAAAUUUUUUCUAGAACGGGUUGCCAAUUUGGAGUCCCGGGCGGCACAUACCCACCCAAAAAAUACCCAAGUGCCCCCCCCCCCCGGGAUUGACGUCAUGACGUCACGGCGGCCAUAUUGGUGUUCCAAACCAAUCCUGCGGGAGUUGAACUCUUUUCUUAUGUAAACGCUUUCUUUGCUCCUAUAAAUUUGCAUAGAGGCUGGCCACGUGCGUGAAAACGCUCUAUAUAGAGAAAAUCGUUUAUAAUACUUCCCGUAAAAUGGCCAUAAAUCGGCCCAUGGACCACACAGGAGAGACGUAACACACAUUUUAUGUAAGGUAAGCUGUUUUUUAUUGAAAUCCUUUCAUUUUUGUAGGUUACAGAAGCGAUAGGUUUUUCCUUAUAUUCGAAUGUUACGCAACAAUGUCGAUGCUCUUAUGAGCUUGGGCUCCCUGUGGUUUCUGUGACCAUCAGUCUAAUUUAUAGACAGGCCAGUAAAAGUACUGAACCGAUAUUACGCCGACAUAAGUUGGGGAUCUGAAAUCACUCGAGUGUGCUAGUUAAAAUCUUAAAGAAUCACCCUUUAGGUAAGUGAAAUUGCAAUUUUUCUUUUUUUAGCCAGGUGCUUCCCAGGAAGAGAGAAACACACGCGUAGAUUAGCCCUCCAUAACUUUUGUAGAGAGCCCGGGGGCUUUAUAGGUAUGUCCGGCGCCAACGGUUAUGGUUUUUUAGCCAUUUUGGUCUGAAAUAGAGUAUGAUUUGUGUACUCUAGUCUUGAAUUGGGUAUGUUUUUAGAAGAAGCUAUAAGAAUAUUUCCCUUUCAAUGUUUGCGCCAACCGUGUACUUGCCGUAACAGCUUGUCACGCGCUUCGGUCACGCUUCAGGUCUGGCAGGUCAAAUUUUUGAUCAGGUCUGAAAUAGGGCAGGGAAAUUCACAGAUUUUGGUCUGAAAUAGGGUAAGGGUUUGAGGAAAAGUGACGCACACCCCCACCCUAUUUUUUUUUAAGUACCCCCCCGGGGGGUAGAGAGGUAUUCUGUUUCUUUUGCAAUCUAAGACAUUCUAAUUUUAAAAAUCAGCUGACUAGAUCAUCAGGCCAGUAAAAGUACUGACCCGAUCUUAUGCUGAUAUAUGUUGAGGAUUUGAAAUUAUUAGUCAUUUCUGCUACGUACAACAGAAAAGUGUCCAAGCUUUUAAAGGUUAAAAAUACUCGCUAUAGGUAAGAGUGAAAAGCAUACUUCUUAGUUUUUUUUUUGGACAGGUGCUUGUAAAGUAUAGCGACUAACGCGUGGAUCAUCCUCCAGUGAUUUUUGUAGAAGGAGACUCAUGAUCAACUAAAUGUGAGUAGGCAGCAUUUCAUAGUGCUCGCUUUUUGUUUCUUGUUGUUGAUUUUUUUCGCCAAAUGAUUCAGCUCAAUCCCUUUGUUACAUAUACUCUAGUCUGCUUCCUUAGCAAGCGUUUAUGAUCGAUCGAUUUAUUCAGUACUGGAAAAUAUGAAGCGAGAGCUCGACGAACUCGCGCUAGUUACCCGGGGCUAGUUACUAGUUGCAUGCAUUCUACAUGCACUCAGAAAGCGCCUGGAAAGUCAAUUAAAUGUUUCGAAAAUUGGUAGGACAUUUCCAUCAGUACAAUUAACUGAAACAUAAUCACUCAAUGUCGCCAAAGCAGGCUACUGAGCCACGAAAAGGGGAGCCGUGAUUUAAACCUAGGGAGGUAGAAUAGUGAAUGUCAAGAAAUAUUUUCUGCUGCCUUGUUUACCCCCUAACUCUUACUGGGGAAAAAUGUCUAAAAGAUGGGAAUUCCUUAGAAUUAUACGCUCCUCACCAAAUUUGCUGAAUGCGCUUAUUAGGAAGUAACAUCGAAGAUAUUUCAAUUAUGUCUGCAGAUGCAGGCCGAUAAUGUUGAGGUCGUUGAAGUGACAAAGGGUUUCCUAUCUCUGGUAGCCAAAGAAAAUAUCCUGGCAGGAUCGUUUCUAGCUGAUGUCUGGGGACCAGUGGUGAGUCAGGCCACACCCUACACUAUUCAAGUGGAUGUCAAUAAACACGUGGAUCCUGUUGGCCCGUUAAAACGCACUAACCACUCCUGCAAUCCAAAUGCCAAGUUCGUUUAUGAACCACGCCUGAAAGAGGAUGAAAUCAUGGGCUUUGAUGAAGACCACAAAAUCUUUUGGCAUCUGGUGGCCACACGCGACAUCAAGAAAGGAGAGGAUAUAACUUUUGAUUACACGACUACUGAGUAUGAGAUGGCGGGGGUUUUCAACUGUCUCUGCGGAAUGGAAAAUUGUUUGGGUGAAGUUAAAGGCUUCAAGUUCUUAUCAGCAGAGGAGAAGGCGCAAAGGGAGAAAGAAUUAUCUCCAGUGAUGAGAAAACUUUCCAAUGGUGAUAAUUGA